AUGGCGACUACAACCUCGAGAACCGGCGUCACGUCUGGCGGGUCAUCUCAAAUCGGCAAUGAUCCCAAAAACCAUUGGCAGUACAAUCCAGCCACGGGGAUAGUCGACCUUGUGCGCAAAGACUCGACUUGUGCAAGUCCGCUCACCCUGAACACAGCAACGAACCCCAUUCGGGUCGACCCCGCAACGACCGCGCUGCUCAUUAUCGACAUGCAAAACUUUUUCCUCUCCCCAGCGCUGGGCAAACCGGAUCCCAGCCCUGGCUUGAAAGCCGCUGACAUGCUCCUGAAAACGGGGAUCCCUGCAGCGCGAGAGAAAGCCAUCCGCGUGGUAUGGGUGAACUGGGGUCUGACAGACGAAGAAGUUGAGUCAAUGCCACCAGGUAUGAUGAAGGCAUUUGGCAUUUAUGAGAGCGUUGGCGGUGUCAACAACAAGGACAACGGGCCAAAGAAGCAGCGAAGUCACAACGUUUACAAGGGUUUAGGCGCUGAUUUAGGGCCGAUCGAACUUGAAGACGGCACUAUCAUUGGGGCGGGCCGUGUUUUGAUGCGGGAUACGUGGAACGCCGCUCUUUACAGACCUCUAGAUGCCGAAUAUCGAAAAGGGCUAGAGCGAUCCACAGACCCGGACGUCUUGAUUCACAAGAACCGCAUGUCCGCGCUUUGGGGUUCUGGGACAGAUCUCGAGGUGUUUCUGAAGGAAGAAGGGAUUACGACACUUCUAUUCACGGGGGUCAAUACGGACCAGUGCGUCGGCGGGACGCUGACAGAUGCGUUCAGUAAAGGUUUCGACUGUGUCUUGUUGAAGGAUGCUGCUGCGACAAGCUCUCCGCCUUGCGCGACUGAGGCAUGGGAAUGGAACUGCGCAAAUACUUUUGGAUUCGUGAGCUGGUGUGGUGCGUUGUCAGGGGACGAAUACGCUAUUCUUGAUUAG